AUGGCGCCGGCACCGCCCACUUCGUCACUCGUCGUGACUCGUCGUCGUGACUCGUCGUCGUCGUUCUUCUCAUUGAUUUUUCCGCGCGUCGAGUUUUCGAAUUGGAUUCAGAUUCUCUUCGUCAUGCUGGCCAUGGUACCUGUGUUUUACAUUGGCUAUCGCGUCUGCAGAACAUUCUUCGCUUUUGUAAAAGCUGUUUUUAUUUACAUAAUCGCUCCGACAUUUUACAAGCCUAAUCUUGAACAAUACUUUAAUAGAUGGACAGUUGUGUCCGGUGGAACCGAUGGAAUCGGCAAAGCCUAUACAUUUGAACUCGCCAAGCGAGGAAUGCGCAAAUUUGUUUUGGUCGGACGCAACAUAAAGAAGCUUGAAAGCGUGAAACGCGAACUUGAAGAAAAGUUCAAUGCACAAAUCAAAACGUUCGUUUUCGACUUUGCAAGCGAUGACUAUUCGAAACUUCGCGAUUAUAUCGCAGAUAUUGAUGUCGGAUUCGUCGUGAACAGUGUGGGUACUGGAAGAGAGAAUCUCGAGAGAUACGGCGACAAUCCGGAAGAAGAUUCGCAGAUUUUGAAAGUCAAUGGUCUCGGAGCAGCCGAAUUCUUGUCGAUUGUUCUACCAGCAAUGGAGAAAUCUGGAGGUGGGCAAAUUGUCGUCCUCUCCUCUUCCCAAGGAGUUCGUCCGAUACCACUUCUUGCCGCUUACUGUGCCACAAAAGCAUUGCUCACUUUCCUCUGUGAAUCUAUUGACAGAGAAUACAAGACGAUCAAUGUUCAAUGCCUGAUUCCGGCUCUGGUUGCGACAAAAAUGACCUAUUAUACGGAAGGAUCAACCUUUGUUGUUACACCUGAGAACUUCUGCCGUCAAGCUGUUGGAACCAUUGGAUUGACGAAGAAGACUUCUGGAUGCUUCAAUCAUGACCUGCAGAUGCUCGGUUUCCACUUUUUCCCAUGGUCCAUUUUGAAAUACUUGAUCAUGCCGAUUUACUACCACCAGAGGCAACGAGUUGAUAAUCUGCGAAAAGCGACGAAUGAGGAGAGCAACACUGUUGGAAUUACCUUGAGCGACGAAAUCGAGAAAUCGAAAUUGCCGAGAAUUGUUGACACGGCGAUGAUUGCUCAUGGAUGUCAACCCACUUUUACGGGUCCGGCAAUGGGAGCAGACUGUGGAUCGCAAGUGAUGUCAAACGGUGUAAUUUCAACCAGUCCGAUACCACUAUACCCGACUGGAGCUGCGGCGUUGGUACCGGCACCACCAACUUAUGAAUUAAUUCCAAAUCGAACAUUUGUUGGAGGCUAUCCGGCUUCGACAACUGAAACGGAGCUGCGAGAACAUUUUGAAAAAUUCUUCCCAGUGAAAGAUGUGAAACUUAUCAAAUCUCUAGAUGGAACUUCUAAAGGCUAUGGUUUCGUUACAUUUGAAAACGAAGACGAUGCAGAAGCUGUCCGGAAAAUUAAUCCUAAACAAAUGGAAUUCCGCAAUCGGAAAUUGAACUUGGGACCAGCUAUUCGAAAACUCAAUAGCGGUCCAUUUUCAGGAAGUUAUGCGAUAAGUCAAAGUCAUAUUGUUCCGGCUUCGCCCAGUUCAUUUGGAUACGCCAUAACAGCUCCGAAUACUCCAGUUUUUGUUUUUCCUCCCGUUAUGCCAGUUGAACCGACGCCUUCUCCAGCUGUUAGUCCUUCGCAGCAACAACAAUUCUUCACUACAAAUGAGCCAACGCCUAACAAAAGCUACGCCAGUGCUGUUGCAAAAGGAAUAAAUUCAAACGACCGAACUGGAGAAAUACAGCCCUUGCGGGUGAACAAUUCCGAAAACACAGGAAACACGCAGUACGGGCAUUCACCACAUGUUCAAGGAUAUGGAUACAAUGUACAGCUUCAAAAUCCACCGUUCGAUCACCACAGCAAGACCAACUUUGGCUAUAAUGAGAAUCAUCCCAACGCUAACAAUGGUUAUCAAUAUCAGACUGGUGGAAAUUUGAAUUCUAGCAACUCUGAUGGUGAUAAAAACUUGGCUCACGGUUCUUAUCCGCAAUCGAAUGUUUAUCCAAUUCAGCCAAUUUACUCUCCUGGAUAUCAAUAUGUUCCUACAAGUUUUGGAUAUCCAUACCAAGGAUAUCCAUAUAACUCAUCUGCUCAGUACUGCGCUCCUUAUUAUCCUCAUGGUUAUGCUAACAACAACCAGCAACCAAUGUGCCAAGGACAGAUGAAUCAGCCAAUGUUCACUUAUCCACAACCUUGCUAUGGUGGAAAUCAAGGUGAUAACGGCGGAAGAUCUGAAGAAAGCACGAAUGAUCAUAGUCAGAGGAACUACAGAAUGAAAUCUCCAAAGAAACGACGUUCAACGUACAGCGAAGGUAAAGAGGAGAUGAAUGGCAGUCCGAAAGGAAAUCGAGGAGACAAGCGUACUUGGAGUAACGAUGGUCAAAAGAGCAAUCAGGAACUUGAUUCACCAACAAAGUCAAAGGGCGCAAAGGGACGCACAAGCGUUGGUGAAAUCACAUCGAAGUUGCAAACUCUUGCUGUUGCACCUACGACUGGAAGCCAGCAAUAA